UUCAGGAGAUGCGCUUCUCGCUUAAACACAUUUCAAAUAGGCUAGAUUUCCUAUAACCAUGAAAUAGUAUACAUAAGGCUUUCAGUCAUGUGCACGAGUGUCACGAUGAAGAUAUUCACUCCGUUUUGUGUUUUUCUUCUUUAUGGGACUUUGCCUUCAAUUCAAGCAGAGAGACACUCGCUGUAUUACAUUUACACGGCCUUGUCUAAACCUGUGGAUCUGCCGGGCAUCUAUGAAUUCACUGCUAUGGGUCUGCUGGACGACACACAGAUCGACUAUUACAACAGUGAAGAAAAGAGAAAGAUUCCCAAACAGCAGUGGAUAAAAGAGAAAAUGCAGGAAGAUUACUGGGAAAAAGGCACUCAGUCCAGAAAGAGUAAAGAACAGUGGUUUAAUGUGAACGUCCACAUUCUGAUGGACCGCAUGAACCACAAUAAAUCAGAUCUUCAUGUUCUUCAGUGGAGACACGGUUGUGAAGUUGAGCAGGAGGGAGAUGAAGUGAAGUUUCUCAAAGGCAUUGAUGAGUACGGCUAUGAUGGAGAAAACUUCUUGUCUUUUGAUGAUAAAGAGUCUCAAUGGAUUGCUGCAGUUGAUGAAGCUCUACCAACCAAGAGAAAAUGGGACAAUGUGCCGAUCCUAAACCAAUACACCAAAGGAUACCUGGAGAAAGAGUGUGUGGACUGGCUCAACAAAUACAGAGAAUAUGGAGAUGAGAAGCUCAGAAACGGCUCUUCUCCAGAUGUCCAUGUGUUUGAACAGAAGAAUACCAAUGACAAAAGCAAGCUGAAACUCACAUGUAUGGCCACUGGCUUCUACCCCAAAGACGUGAUGUUGACAAUUAGGAAAACUCACACACCUCUGCCUGAAGAUGAGAUUGAAUCCACAGGAAUCAGACCAAACCAUGAUGGAUCCUUCCAGAUGAGGAAGAGUGUGGGGAUCAAGAAGGAGGAAAAAGAUGAAUAUGAUUGUUUUGUGUCCCACAAGAGCAUCAAAGAACCAAUUAUCAUCAAACUGGAGAGACACUCGCUGUAUUACAUUUACACGGCCUUGUCUAAACCUGUGGAUCUGCCGGGCAUCUAUGAAUUCACUGCUAUGGGUCUGCUGGACGACACACAGAUCGACUAUUACAAUAGUGAAGAAAAGAGAAAGAUUCCCAAACAACAGUGGAUGAAAGAGAAACUGCAGGAGGAUUACUGGGAAAAAGGCACUCAGUCCAGAAGAAGUAAAGAACAGUGGUUUAAUGUGAACGUCCACAUUCUGAUGAGCCGCAUGAGACACGAUCAAUCAGAUCUUCAUGUUCUUCAGUGGAGAGUUGGUUGUGAAGUUGGGCAGCAGGGAGAUGGAGUGAAGUUUCUCAAAGGCAUUUACGAGUUCAGUUAUGAUGGAGAGGACUUCUUGUCUUUCGAUAUUAAAGAGACUCAAUGGGUCGCUCCAGUUGAUGAAGCUCUACCAACCAAGACAAAAUGGGACAAUGUGCCGAUCCUAAACCAAUACACCAAGGGAUACCUGGAGAAAGAGUGUGUGGACUGGCUCAACAAAUACAGAGGAUAUAGAGACGAGGAGCUCAGAAACGGCUCUUCUCCAGAUGUCCAUGUGUUUGAACAGAAGAAUAGCAAUGACAAAAGCAAGCUGAAACUCACCUGUCUGGCCACUGGCUUCUACCCCAAAGAUGUGAUCUUGACCAUUAGAAAAACUCAAACAUCUCUGCCUGAAGAUGAGAUCAAAUCCUCAGGAAUCAGACCAAACCAUGAUGGAUCCUUCCAGAUGAGGAAGAGUGUGGAGAUCAAAGGGAAGGAAAAAGAUGAAUAUGAUUGUUUUGUGUCCCACAAGAGCAUCAAAGAACCAAUCAUCGUCAAACUGGCUGCUGAAUCACCGAAUGCAACUAAUCCUGAAGAACCUGGUGGACAAGACAGUUCUGCAGAAUCACCAGACAUCAGGGCGACUGUUUUCAUAUUUUAUCUCUCUCUCAUAUUUCACUUAAUCUGGAUAUUUUGAAGCACUUUGCUUGAGAAACCGACAUUUUAGACUAAGUACAAAAAAAUAAAGAUCUUUUCAUUUGAAAAGAGCUGAUUUUCCAGACUCAAAUUGAAUGUUAUGAAUAUAAUGACAUUUUCAGCCAUUAAAAAUGAAUUAUGCAAACGUGUGAGUUUGUCUUUCUG